UAGUCGAUAAAUUUGACGUUGUUGGUUUGUCUAGUCCGAUGCGGAUAUAAAACCCGCAUUGAUCUCCCCGUCAUUAGCCCUCGGAAUUGAAGGACUUGUGUACCGGCAACAUCCAACAUUACGCUUUUCCCUAAUCGUUAACUGCUACAUAAGAGUCUCGCUACGUACCACCAUUGACUAUAGGUUAUUCCCUAGCAUGCAGAUCUCGACAAAUUUAAAAGUUAUUGAUGCCUGAACCAGACCGUCGGAUUUGAUGGUAGUCGGGUGUUGCUGAAAGGUCUUUUGCUGACGGAAUAUUGGCGCCGCAAUGUAUAGGUCUCAUAUAACCUGACUGUACCUACUUCUUUUCUUAUGUCUUUGGUUCAUACCCUGAUAAACCAUCCAAUCUUGUUUCGAGAUGCAAUCAAUUGGGUAAGACGAGGAUACUCAUCAAAGUGUCAAUGAUGCGUGCCGCCCUUUGGUACAUUUGGAAACCUCUACUCGUAGUGAAAGAAGUAAUAUGAUUGGAGUUGACCAGGAGAGGCUCGAGUGUGAAGAGAAUUAAUUCUCCGUUGAACCGCUUGUGAUGAGAUCUAUUGUGUCUUGUCUUCAUGGUGCCGCACUUUGAUGAAUGCGUUAUGCUCGUUUCGCACAUCGCAUUGCUUAAGAGAAACCCGAUGCUCCCCGCAUUUACAGGCACUCCAGCCAAUGAUUUCGUGAGCCAUCGAAUCAGUUCUUCUUUCUGGGGUAACAAUGCGAGUAGACCAUGUUUAAAGAUCAUUUUUCAAUAUCAUUCUACCCGUUUUCAACUUCGUAACACGAACUACUAAGGGCGUGGGUGAGCUUACUGUCCACGUCAGGCAACGGUGCUUGAUGGUGUUGGUAAUAAUUCUUUGCAAACCUGCCUCUCAGUUCGAUGCGAUGGAUACAGUAAUCCACCAUCACACCAGUAAGUAGGUAAGCUCCAUAUAGAAUAGAUAUGACGCCGCUAAGAUCUAAGAAAACUCCGAAGCCAUCAUCAUCCGAAAGAGAGAAGCGGAGAUGCUACUGCAAGAAGCGGAGAUGCUACUGCAGGAAGCUCGAUAGCAAUGCCAAAAUUUGAAAGGGUUGGGAUCGGAAGAAAGAGCAAGAAAGGAAUAGCAUCUCCAUGUCAGUGUCGCGCCUAUUAGACGGAUGUAGCACAUAUCGUUCCUGUGCUUUGACCUGUGCUGUAUGUAUGUACAGUACGUGUAACUCUCGGACCGUUGCUAUUUUCAUGAAAUGCGAUUGUGUAGGGUAUUAAAAUAAAAAUAAGACCCUAUUUUUUCCCUUCCUUGGUCUUUGGAGUGGGGUUGGGGGAAAGGAAUUCAGGGGUGGGGGUUUUGCUAGAAUCCGAGACGAAGUCCAGAAAUUAGAUGAGAUCUUGCGGAUACAAUAGGUACCUAGCAGUACAAACCAACCGUCCCAUCCUCAUUAGGUAGGUAUAUUUGCGAAUGUGGCAUUGGCACGAUGUAAAGAUUCAAUCACCGUACGGUACUUUAUCUCGUGGGUCGGUCGAUCUGAUCCAGUAAUCCUUCCCAUUUCAAGGUUCCCAAGGGGUGAGAUAGGAGGGGCAGCGGUUAUAUUACGAUGCUCAUAUA